CUGCUGCCCACCCGGCGCACCUGCGCUGUCGUCGCCGCCGGAGGCCGAUGGCGGACGCGCCGGCUGCCGAGCCGGCCGAGGAGGACGUCAUCGUCGACCCGUGGACCGUCUCUGGCAACAUCAACUACGACAAGCUGAUUGAGCAGUUUGGCUCGCAGCCGCUCACGCCCGCGCUGAUUGAAAAGUUCGAGCGUGUGACGGGCCGCACGGCGCACACGUGGAUCCGGCGUGGCAUCUUCUUCUCGCACCGCGACCUCGACGCGAUCCUGGACAACCACGCCGCCGGCAAGCCCAUGUACCUGUACACGGGGCGAGGGCCGUCCUCCGAGUCGCUGCACCUCGGCCACCUCAUCCCGUUCCACUUCACAAAGUACCUGCAGGACGUGUUCCGGUGCCCGCUGGUCAUCCAGAUGACGGACGACGAGAAGUUCCUGUGGAAGGACCUGCAGCUCGACGAGUGCCACCGACUCGCCGCCGAGAAUGCCAAGGACAUCAUCGCCUGCGGCUUUGACAUCACUCGCACCUUCAUCUUCUCGGACCUCGACUACAUCGGCUCGAUGUACCCAAACAUCGUGCGCAUCCAAAAGGCGGUGACGUACAACCAGGUCCGCGGCAUCUUUGGCUUUGACGACUCGUGCAACAUCGGCAAGCACGCCUUCCCGGCGGUGCAGGCGGCGCCCUCCUUCCCCAGCUCCUUUCCUCACAUCUUUGGCACGCGCGUCGACAUCCCCUGCCUCAUCCCGUGCGCCAUUGACCAAGACCCGUACUUCCGCAUGACGAGGGACGUCGCGCCGAGGCUCGGCUUUCUCAAGCCGGCACUGCUCCACUCAAAGUUCUUCCCCGCGCUGCAGGGCGCCACCUCGAAGAUGUCUGCUUCGGACGAGAGCUCUGCCAUCUUCUGCACCGACAGCCAAAAGCAGAUCCGCGACAAGGUGAACCGGUACGCCUACUCGGGCGGCCGCGAGACGGUAGAGGAGCACCGCGAGAAGGGAGGAGACCUCGCGACGGACAUCUCGUACCAGUGGCUGCGCUUCUUCCUGCACGACGACGCGGAGCUGGCGCGCAUAGGAGACGAGUACUCCUCCGGCCGCAUGCUCUCUGGCGAGAUCAAGGCCGAGCUCGUCAAAUGCCUCGUGCCGCUCGUGGCGCAGCACCAGCAGGCGCGGGCGCUGGUCACGGACGACGUGGUCAAAACCUUCAUGACGCCGCGGCCGCUGGUGGGGGCGUCUGCAGAGUCGUAG